AACGAUUAAGCGUAGAUGGAUGAUAAAAGAAGUAAAGAAUUCGUGUGGGUGGGUGAAAGAGAAAAAUAAGAGGAUGAACGCGGGGCAAUUUCAACUACAGCGACCGCAGAUUCAAUUCGAUCUGAGAGAAGCAGACCUUCGUGAAGUCCAGAUGGAACCCCCGGGAGCUACGUUCGGUGGUAGGAAUUAAGAAAAGAGGAAGAUAGAAUAAGAAAUAGCACACGAAAUGAAACAGAAAUAGAAGAAAAGAUCCUCUCCCCCUUAUAUAUUCCCCUUACCUCUUAUCAUUGAUUCCCUCUGUUGAUAGCCACCUCCCCUCUCAUUCUAUGUCCCCAAUCCCAUAUUAACUUCCCAUUUUCUCUCCCUUUCUCUUCUUCUCAUCCAUUCCAUACACAUCAAUAGGAUAUAUAUAUAUAUAGAUGUAUAUUUGCGCUCCUCUUGUUCCUCUUCGUUUUCGUGCUACAGUUGGAACCAAAUAACCUCCAACCCCAAGGCCUCCAUACUUGCUUUGUUGAUAAAUAAUAAUAUGAAGUUACCUUUUAUGGUUUCCUCUUUCCACUCCUCAGAAGAAGCGGCCAUCAUGAGACCCGGACCAGGGCGCACGAACCGGCCCCGGCGGCGGCCCGACCUGACCCUCCCCCUUCCCCAGCGCGACCCUUCCCUCGCCGUCCCGCUCCCCCUCCCGCCGCUCUCCGCCUCCGCCAUGCCUCCCACCGCCUCCUUCCAGAUCCCCUCCUUCUCCGACCUCGAGCGCCUCCGCCGUAUCGGCAGCGGCACUGGCGGCACCGUGUGGAUGGUCCGGCACCGCCCCAGCGGCCGGAUCUACGCUCUCAAGGUCAUCUUCGGCAACCACGAGGACGCUAUCCGCCGACAGAUCUGCCGCGAGAUCGAGAUCCUCCACACCGCCGAUAACCCCCACGUCGUCCGGUGCCACGGCAUGUACGAUCACGCCGGCGAGAUCCAGAUCCUCCUCGAGUACAUGGACGGCGGCUCCCUCGAGGGCCGCCGCAUCUCCUCCGAAACCUUCCUCGCCGACGUCGCCCGCCAGGUGCUCGCCGGAUUGGCCUACCUCCACCGCCAGCGCAUCGUCCACCGCGACAUCAAGCCCUCCAACCUCCUCAUCAACUCCGCUCGCCAGGUAAAGAUCGCCGACUUCGGUGUCGGCCGGAUCCUGGCGCAGACCAUGGACCCCUGCAACUCCUCCGUCGGGACCAUCGCCUACAUGAGCCCCGAGCGCAUCAACACGGACCUCAACCACGGCAUCUACAACGGCUACGCCGGCGACAUCUGGAGCUUCGGCCUCAGCAUCCUCGAGUUCUACCUCGGCUGCUUCCCCUUCGGCGAGAACCUCGGCCGCCAGGGGGACUGGGCCUCCCUCAUGUGCGCCAUCUGCUACUCCAAUCCCCCGGAGGCGCCGUGCACCGCCUCGCCGGAGUUCCGGAGCUUCAUCGCUUGCUGCCUCCAGAAGGAGCCCGCCAGGCGGCCCACCGCCCUCCAGCUCCUCCAGCAUCCUUUCAUCACCCAUCACUCUUCUUCCUCAUCCUCCUCAUCACACCCGUGAUCAAGAGGGUUUUAAGUUCAGAUUCAAAAAAGAAAGAAAAAUCAAUUGCCCCUGCUUCCCUCCCUUCCCAUGAGAGAAAGGAGAGAUUUUGAUGGGUGGGUGAGACGAAAGGUGUGUUCUUCCCCUGUUUUUUAUUGAAAGUUAGCUUUUUUUUUUCUUAAUUUAUUUCUUUUUUUAUUUAUUUUUUCCUCCUCUGGUUUUGGUCAUACUCGUUCCGAUCUUUAUUUUUUUUUGCACUUUUUUGUUUUUUGACGGUGGAGGGGAUGAUGAGCUCUAAUGGUGGAGCAGGAAAGGGGGGAGAUGGGCUGUGGCUUUUGUUGUAUUCUGUACUCUGUGGAGGGAUUAGAUUAAAUGCAUUUACUAGAACCAUCAACCGUGGUGAUGUAAAACCAAAAUGAAGUGGGAAUCAAUCCCUUUUUCGCGUUAUCCA